AUGUUUGAUAUAACAACAAGGAUUACAUCAAGGCAUAGAGAUCUGGUUCAAGUAUGUGAAGACAUCCCUAUUGCACUGUGUGGCAACAAAGUAGACAUUAAGGACAGAAAAGUUAAGGCAAAAUCGAUUGUCUUCCACCAAAAGAAGAACCUUCAGUACUAUGACAUUUCUGCCAAAACUUUGAAAGGCUCCUUCCUGUGGCUUGCUAUAAAACUAACUGGAGACCCUAACUUGGAGUUUAUCACCGUGCCUCCUCUUGCCCCACCAGACAUUGUCAUCCACCCUGCUCUGGUAGCACAGUGUUAG